AUGGCGGUCUCUGCCGGAACCCCUCUGGAUUCUGCUGCCCUUCGAUCCUAUCUUGGAUCCCUGGUACCCUCUAGCACCCGCUCAGAGCUCACUGGCUCCGUACUCCCUGCCCUCGUGCACGCAAUUGGUGAUGUCUCAGCCUUGCUCAGGCGUGCUCAUACAGUGGCGCACGUGGGCACGGCCAACGCUUUUGGCGAUCAGCAGCUGAACGUCGACAUCGCUGCUGAUGAUGUGAUCCGUGCUGCAUGCAAGAGCUGUCCUUCCAUCGUGACGGCAAGCAGCGAGGAGACUCCCAUCGAGGAGACCCUGCGUCCCAACGAGGGAGUUACAGCCAGUGAUGCCCCCAGCCCGAGCGAGCGGUACACAGUGGCAUACGACCCGCUCGAUGGCAGCUCCAUCAUCGCCCCAAAUUGGACCGUCGGGGCCAUCGUGGGCGUUUGGGAUGGAGCUACUGCUCUGGGUCAGAAUCCCCGUCAUUCCAUGGUCGCUUCGAUACUGGGCGUUUUUGGUCCGCGCACAACGGCCAUCGUCGCACUUAGAGUGCCUGGCAUCGGGGAGCCUACUUGCUUCGAGCUUGGUAUCGAUGGCGAAUUCCUUACCAUGGUGCGGCCAAGUAUUCGCUUUGCGCCGCCGCCUUUCAAGACUCGUUACUUUGCCCCGGCCAACCUCAGGGCUGCGGCCGAAUGUGACAAAUACAACGCACUGGUGUCACACUUUAUCGGCCAGAAGUACACCCUGCGGUACAGCGGUGGGCUGGUUCCGGAUGUCGUGCAUGCUCUGGUCAAAGGCCAUGGCGUAUAUAUAUCGCCCACAACCCCGCAGAGCGCAGCCAAGCUUCGACGGCUGUAUGAGUUAUCCCCCAUUGCGCUUGUUGUCGAAUGUGCUGGAGGGAAAGCCGUGGACUCGAGCUCCGGUGUUGAAGUUUUGGAUGUAAUAAUAUCCGAUUGCGAUGAAAGGGGAGGCGUUAUCUGUGGUAACAAGGAUGAAGUAGACCUAGCAAUGAAACUUUUGGAAUAA